GGCCUUUAGUUGAAGCCAUGUCGGGUGUGACGACCAACAUUUUCUAUGGUCCAUCGAAACGCUGUGAUUUUGAAUCAGCGAUGUCGUCAUCGACCUCCCGGAAGAAGGUGAGACGUGAACCGUGCCAUUUGACCAACGUCAACCGAUUGCUGGGACCCCCAAUCGGUUGGAAAAACUUUCCUAGGCAGCAGGAGGCGCUGGAUUAUGCGAAAGAAAAAUCGUGCGGCUGCAUGUCAUUCACGUACGAACAAAGUAAUGGUCAGCGGUACUUCAUGGUCGCCCAUCCCGAAACAUUUUGGUACUACGACUCACGAAAACCGCAGUACGAAAGGCACACGUACGAGAUCAUAACGGAGGGCCAUCCAUGCAAGUUGUACUUUGAUUUGGAAUAUGAUUGUAAAGAGAAUCCCGAGUCCAACGGCACCAAAAUGCUGGAGACCUUUGUCAAAGUCAUCAUACUGUUUGUCAGACAAAGAUUUGACGUGUUGUGCAGUCAAGAAGAUGUUCUUGAUUUGGACUCGUCUACAUCAGAAAAGUUCAGCCAUCAUUUAGUAUUCCCAACAUUGGUAUUCUCAAAUAACAUAGAAGCUGGUUAUUUUGUUAAAUUUGUGUGUACCGAAAUUGAUAAGUUUUUGUCUGAGGAUCACAACCCAGAGGACAAUGGACGCUUUUACGGUGGCAUAAGUACUAGUGAUCUUCUUGAUUUGAAAACCGAUAAGGGAUUGUUUUGCGACCAAAGCGUAUAUUCUAGAAACAGGCAUUUUAGAUUAUUCAUGUCAUCAAAGUUAAAAAAAAAUGUCCCAUUAUUGUUGAGCAAAACCAACAAGUAUCAACUCUCAGAAAAGGCACAUUGCGAUGACUGCUUUAACAAACAAAUAUUCCUUAAUUCUUUGAUAACAUUUGGUUGCGAAGGUAAAGUGUUAUUGAAUUUCACAAACAUAACCAGUCAGAUUAGUUCACAAUUAGGAAACAAGUAUACACAGUCAGAUAACAAAAGUGAGUGUUAUACAUCUUACACAAAUACACCUUUCCCUCGCAUAGAUAGGUUUAUAUCUGAUCUCGUGUUUCCUGGAAAAAUUUUUAGAAACUAUUAUUUCCCUUCAGUUAAUAAACUGGUAUACAGUAUUGUGAAGAAUCGUUACUGCGGAAACAUUAAACGGCAACAUAAGAACAAUAACGUGAAGUAUGUAGUAGAUCUGAAUGAAAUGUAUUGGUACCAAAAAUGUUAUGAUCCUGAUUGUCACCAAUACCGAUCUAAUGGUACAAAGCUACCUGAUGAAAUUUGUUUUGAGUACACCAAUAGGAUAGUGGAUGAUUUAUCCGAUAGUCAAUUAGUAGAAGUUGUUGAUGCUGCUCUUUUGACUUAUGAAUUAUAAUGUAAAUUUUAUUAAUAAAUUUUUACAAAAUAUUAUUA